AUGUCUGCGAUCAUAACAGGCGUCUUCAAGGUCACUAUUGGUUUGGCCGCUACAAAAGCCAGAGAUGUACUGGCGGAGAAGCUAAAAGAAGGCGAUGUAACAGAUCAAAAAUUUCGGGACCUAAUUGUCAGUGACAUUAAAGACAUCAAGUCAAAGCUGGAUGCAAUGUCACGAAAGGAUCUUGGGGCAGCUGUAGAUUUCUUUGAAACAGGACUAAGGUGUUUAAAUGCUGCAGUUUAUGGAAGACACAGUGACAGUGCUAUUAGGAGAGCAGCACAGGAAUCUGAAAGAAACAAAGAAAAACGUCUUGAUGAGUUAACUUUGCCUUCAGCCACUUCUCCUGAAACCACAGUUGUCCUCGCUUCGAGAGUCAAAAACAUCCAGCUGACUAAUUUGGUCGACGAAGAAGCCAAAAGAGCUCUUUUUGACGCAAGAGACAGAUUCAGUGAUGCUCGUAAAAAAGCAACAGAUGCCUCCAACAAUGAAGCGCUCAGUACGUUUGAUCAAAUUACAGCCAUUCGAUAUCGUGUGAUGGCGGCAAUGUUAGAGUCAGCUGCUGAUAUGGCUGUAGGAACCGCUGGCGACUUGAGAAGCACUUUGAAGAGAGCGUUGCCAGAGUGUGAACAGUGUCUUGAGAAACUGCACUCCCUUCCAGCUGUUCAGAAAAGUUUUAACGUCGAGAUUGAGAAGAGUCUACUAAAUGUCAGAGGUCGAUUUGGUAAAGAUGAGCGAAGAGAUAUUAUUUCCAUUGUAUGUCAGAUAAAUCGCGUCAUCUACGAUGCGACACAAGCUGCUGGAAGAGAUGUAAAUGUCGGGGUCUGGCCGUCUGUGGACACUGGAAAAGAGAAAGUUGAUCCUCUACGCGAUGGAAGAAUAUCAAAGGUACUGUACAAAGUUAAGAUGGAGCACUGCAGUUUACUAUGGUCAUUUGGUCAGGAGGGUGAAGAGGAGCACAACCUGAAGUGGCCGCGUGGUAUCGCUACAAACCAUAGAGGACAAUUCCUGAUAGCAGACGAUGGGGAUAAAACCGUGAAGGUGUUUGAUAGCAACGGAAAGUUUGAUUUUAGGUUUAAUCCUCAAACUGAUGACGCCGAUACAGAGUUAGAUAUUUUGGAUGUCGCCACUGCAGGCGAGGACGACAACAUUUAUCUACUGGUCAGACUGAAGAAGCCUGGGGCUGAGGAAUGGGAGAAGGAAGUGCAGGUUUUUAACAAAACCGCUGACCUACAGCACAAGUUUGAUGUGAGGAGCUGGGAGUGGCGCGACAAACUAACAGUGAGCAGCGGCAAGCAACGCGGCAAAAUUCUGCUGUUGACAUGUGAUGACGUUGUUGAUGUUCAUGAGCCGCGUGGUAAGCUUGUUUGUAGCUUUGGUCGAGGAGUGUUCAAGGAUGCAACAGAUAUCACUGCUACUUGUGAUGGUCGCGUCAUGAUAGUGGACUCAGAAGAUGACAGUUUGUACAUAUUUGAUGUGGAGGGACACCAGCUUGGCAAAUUUAAUAUCAAACAUGAGAAAGAUGUCUAUUAUCGCAUUGCAUGUCACCAGGCAAGUGGCCAUGUUGUCCUUGCUGGUCAUGAACGAGAGACAGACCGCCUGACGCUGGCUAUAUACACUGUUAAUGGCGAAUUUGUUCGCAGAAUUCAGCUGGAUGAAGUAGUAUGGUCUUAUCUCGGUGGAAUAACAGUACGUGGAAUAACAAUAACAAUGACCGUGGAGGGUCACAUUGCUGUGGCUUUACAGGAUAUUACAGACGAACAUACUCUCCAAGCAAAGGUAAUUGUUGUUUAA